AUGACGGCUUUCAAGUGGCCGUGGCAGUACGACUUCCCGCCCUUCUUCACGUGAGUAGUCGUCUCGGAUUCUCUGAUUCGCUGAUUUGGAUUCUGAUCCGAACAGUUUGAUCAAAGAGAAAAAAUUUUCGAAUUUGGAACUCGAGCAUUUCAUUAAAGCUUGAAAAUUUGACGCGUUUUGCAAAAACCUGCAGCUGUUUUCAGGAAAAUAGUAGGAGCACUCGAAAAAUGUUUAAAAAAAUUGCUCAAGUUUUCAAUUUCAAGCCUUCUCGCUAUUUUGUGCUCUCUUUUUCUCACCAACAUCUCCAGUUGGGAACGGACUUUUUGAAAUGAUAGAAUAAUUUGCAAAUUUUUUGUCCUUUUCAAGGCUCAUUGGUCCGAAUUUGCGAAAAUUGAGCUCGAGAAGAUGAGGGAAAAUGACUAUGUUUUCGAAAAAAAAUUAAAUGAGACCAUGAUGUUGCAGAAUCCAAAAGUCGCUGAACACAAAAGACAAGCAGUUGGAGGCGUGGGCGCGGCUCGUUAUCGAUUACGCCCAACACAACAAGAUCUACUCGCUGGACAUUGCCGAGGCGACCACCAGCGAACUCUUCAACAAUCAGAAACUCAAUCGUGAGUGUUAAUAAUGCGAAAAAAAAAUUGUUUUUAAAAAACAUAAAAUUGCAGGCCGCCUCUCGACCGACGGCGUCAACACGGUUCUUCAAUAUUUGGAGCAAAAGAGUACGGUUCUUCUCUUUCUUUUUUUUUCUUCAAAUUUGCACCUCAAAUAUUUGUGUUUUUUAUGCGUGUGUGCGUGAAAGAACAAAUAUUUGGGAGGGCGACCGAAGGCGCCUCGAUUUUUUAUGCGAAAAAAAAGCGGAACACAAUAGACCACUUCCUCACUUUUUUUCGGCUCCGCAAUAGUUUGACGGGCGAAAAAAUGCGGAAUUUUUUGGGGGGAACGAAAAUAUACGAAGAUUGGAAUGCGCAAUUUUAGACUCGAAUUUCACAUUUUGAGUUCAAAAUUUGAAAGAAAAGAAACUAUUCAAUUUUUGCGGAAAGUGACGUUUUGCGAAUGGAUUUUCGCAUUUUUAGACAAAAUCAAGUGUUGCAGAACUGAUCGAGUUCACCGACAACGGCCGCACACGUUUCCACAUUUUCUGGCGUCGUCCGGACGUGUGGGCGUCGACGAUCUACCAAUGGGCGGUCGAGAACGCGUUUCUGAACACUCCGCUCACACUUUACGAGAUCACGCACGGCGACGACACCGCCAACGAGUGUAAGCACGACACUCCGAAAUCCGAUUUGUGAAAAAGCUGGGCUCACGUCUGAUUCGAAUGAAAACUUGAAAAGUCAUGGAAAAUCAAAUCAGUCGAGACGGCGGCCUAGUUUUUUUUCAAGGCCGCGGAAGCUUUGUAUCGAUUUUCUCGUUUUCAGCCUUCCACAACUUGGAACGUGAAAUCUUGAUGAAAGCUCUGCACUGCCUCGAAGAUCAACGACGCGCCCAACUCAUGAAUAUCGGCGGCGAUAAUGAAGGCGUCAAAUUUCUCUGA